AUGGCAUCCCAGGUGGAGCUGGCCACGCAGCUAGCGCAGGCGCAGACAGAGAAGGAGGAGAAUCAGCGCGCUCUGAAGGAGUUGCAGAAGAAGGAAGCGGAGCUCCUGGCUCGUCGCGUUGAGCUUCAGCGGCAAUGGGAAGCGACCCAAUGUGCAUCUGGCGCUGAGGGCAGCGCAAGCGCACUUCCUGCUUCUAGUGCCGACUGUUUCGGGAUAACAGCGGUGGUAUCGCCAUCACCGGCAUCAAAGGCUGCAUCCCUGCAGUGGGCCCCACAUUUGGAGCUGGUCAGGGCCGUGGCAAGACUUCCUGGCGAGCCUUUUUGA